AUGAGUGAAGACACCUCGAACAUGUUCUUGCAGGGCGCCUUCUCCAUCGAUGCUAAGGCAGCCACAUCGACAAGCGAGAAGCACAAGUACCUAGUGGAUGGUUACAUCCUUGGGCAGUGGGGAUCUUACAGAAGAUUCAACGAGAGCGUUUCAGCCGCGUUCCGGUCGGCCUACAGGUCCCAAGUGGAGGCCGAGGAAGAGGUCUCCAUCGAAGUAACCGACAGGGAACAGAAAGAAGAGCUGAACCAAGAGCGCUUGAGGGCGCAGGAGGCAGCAAAGGUGGCAGAGGAGGCGAAGGACGAGGCGAGACGGUUGGCUGAGGACCAUAAUGCCGAGGUACAGGCGGCAAAGCAAGAGACCGCCAAUCUGCGGCAAGCCAAGGCCAUCUGGUGGCGGCAAGGGCGGUGGGGGCUGCGGCGGCGGGGGCGGCGGCCACAGCAAGGGCGGCCACAAGGGCGGUUGCAGGCUAGGUUGAGAGCAAGCAAUCACAAGCAGGGCUCCAGAUCGCAUCACCGUCGUGACAGCGCGGGGCUGAGCGGGCAAGCUCCUCGUUCAUAG